AUGCAACAACACGAAUUGUUAGUCAACGAAAUUGAAUCAACCGAUGGCCACCUUGGAACUGCUCUUAGGUCUGUGUACGAAGGACCAGAACCUGAAAAAUUUUUUGAUUGCUUGGAUUCUCGCAUAAUGACUCACAACAAGCAAAUCGAGCAGAUGUGUAACCAUCAUUACCAGGGCUUCAUUGAGUCUGUCCAUAGUUUACUGCAAGUCAGGAGUGAUGUUGACAAACUGAAAUUUGAGGUUGAGGUUGCGAACAAAGAACUUCAACUGUCUGGUCAGACCUUGAUAAAGAAAGGUGGAGAGUUAGUGAAAGAAAGGAAAACUCAGCAGAAUAUUGAAUCCUCUAUUGAUUUGCUAACCUACUGCCUGCCUGUUCUUGAAACAUAUGGCAAGCUUAAGAAACAGAUGGAAUCAAAAAGGUACUACCCCGCCUUGAAGACACUGGAGCAGCUUGAACACACCUACUUACCACGUCUUAGCAAGUUUCGAUUUGCACAGAUUAUGUGCGAUGGGAUUCCUAAAGUUAGGGAGAGCAUUAAGGAGGCCAGUAUGGCAGAGUUGAAAGAUUUUCUUGAAAGUAUUCGCAAACAUUCUGCAAGAAUUGGAGAAGUGGCAAUGAUUCAAGCAGCCAAAGAAAACGGGUUAGAUCCGAACAUCAUCAGCAGUCGCAGUCAGGGUGAUAAAAAGAGAAAGAAAAGAAUGGCCCCCACUCCACCGGGCGCGGGAAUGUUGGAGGAAGAUAAUGAUAGGCAUGGAGAGGAAGAUGCUGGCUUGAUGAUGAGGAAGAGAGUGCAACAAGAUACGCCCAUCGACAAUGAAGAUGGUUUAAGUGCACAGGAUUUGAUUGACUUUGCACCGGUUUACAGAUGCAUGCACAUAUAUUCCGUGCUUGGGAGCAAGGACACAUUUGAAUCUUAUUACAGAAAUCAGAGAAGAAAGCAAGGAAGACUGGCCCUUCAGCCGUCCGUUGCAAUGGCAAAUACGUUGGCUUGCUACAAGAACUAUUUCUUUGAGAUGGUUGGAUUCUUUGUAGUGGAGAACCACAUAUUGAAAACAACAUCAGGCCUCAUUAACCAGGGAUACAUUGACGAGUUCUGGGAAUCAGCAUUGGUUAAAGUCAUAGCUGUUCUAAGGAUGCACAUUGGGUCAUGUAUGGAUACUCAACUGCUUCUGCAAGUUAAAAACCUUCUCAUGGGGUAUGGUUAUGGUACAAGUCAGUUAUUUGAACUUCUCUUGGAAGUUAGAGACCAGUACAGUGAGAUAUUAAGGAAACAGUGGGUUGAUGUCUUCAAUUCAAUAUUCCUGACCGACAACUACACUCCAAUGCUCGUUGAGAACAAGGAUCAGUAUGCAGCUGUCAUCGAGUCCUAUCCUUAUAAAAAUCCUGCGCUUGAAAGGGAACCGUUCCCAAAGAGGUUUCCAUUCUCGCAAUUCGUACCAGCGAUUUUUACUGAGGUGAAGAGGUACAUAAGCGCCUGUCUUGAAUUCUCUGAAGAUUUGAACAUCAGUCGAACGGAGAUAGAUGACACGAUUAGAAAAUUUGCAAACACGUUGCUAACAAGAACAUUGGGUGGCUGUUUGGCUAUCCUUAUCAAAAAACCGUAUCUCACACUUCCCCAGCUGAUACAGAUAUCAAUUAACAUGGAACAUCUAGAUCAAAGCUGUGUGUACCUGGAAGAUUUUAUUCGGCAACUGUCUGGAGCACACUAUGACAAGAACAGAGUUUCCAGACUGCAUGGACAGUCAAUGUUUAAAAGUGCCAAGAGUGAGGCAGAGGAAGAGAUUUAUAAACAAAUUGAUUUGAAGGUUGAUGAAUUCUUUGAAUUAGCCUCGUAUGAUUGGACCAGCACGGACCACGUGAUCCAACCAAGUGGCUUCAUAAUUGACAUGGUUGCUUUUCUCAAUGGAAUCUUUCAAUCUUUCACUAAUCUUCCAGAGAAAGUUGCCCAAACAGCCUGCAUGUCCGCUUGCAAGCACAUAUCUGAAUCCCUGAUGGCGUUGUUAAAGGAUGAUGAUGUGAAGAUCGUCUCGGAAAAUAUUUUUCAACAACUGAGCUUCGAUUUAAAAGAGUGUGAAAAUUUUGCAAUGGGUACACGAAUAAGUGGUUUAGAUGGUAACACAUUCAAGAUGGCAUUUGAAGAACUCAGACAGCUGUUAAACCUUUUUAUAACCGAGGAAUGGACAAUAUAUUUUGCUGAUUAUGGUAAGCCGUCGCAUAAGUAUUUAAGAGUUCAACCUGCUGUUUGUGUUAAACUACUAGAAAAAUUGAAAGAAGGCGAGAAAAAGAAAUUAAAUCUGUUCAGCUCAUUUAAGAAGAAUGAAAGGGACAAAAAGAAAUUUCUGGACACCAUCCUCAAACAAUUGAGAUCAUUGAUCAGUGAACAGCAACACUUGUAA